AUGGGGGGGAGGCUGCCAUCAUCGGGGGUGGUGGUGGUGGGGGCACCUGGCACCCAGGACAGCCUGGGAGCCAAUGGAGGGGACCAGGGGGACGGGCGCCUGGCACCCAGGACGGCCUGGAGCCAGUGGAGGAGGGACCUGGGGAGGCAGGUGUCCUGCGGGCUGCGCUUCAACUGCAGCCCAGUUGACCGUCCUCCAAUGGAGCCCUCCCAGUUCGUGUCUGUCGCCCCUAGAUAUCCGGACAAGAUGGGGUUUGACGAGAUCUUCAUGAUAAACCUCAAACGCAGGCAGGACAGGCGGGGCCGCAUGCUGCGCACACUGCAGGAGCAGGACAUCGCGGUCAAGGUCGUAGAGGCCGUGGACGGGAAGGCACUCAACACGACCCAGCUGAAGGCCCUCCACAUUGAGAUGCUGCCCGGGUACCGCGACCCCUACUCGUCCAGGCCCCUGACCAGGGGCGAGAUCGGCUGCUUCCUCAGCCACUACUCGGUGUGGAAAGAGGUGAUUGACCGAGCACUGGAGAAGGUGUUGGUCAUCGAGGAUGACGUGCGCUUUGAGCACCAGUUCAAGAGGCGGCUCGUGACGCUCAUGGAGGGUGUCGAGCGGGCCCGGCUGGACUGGGAACUCAUCUACAUCGGCAGGAAGAGAAUGCAGGUGAAGGAGCCGGAGCGGGCAGUGCCCUCAGUGCGCAACCUGGUGGAGGCUGACUAUUCCUACUGGACCUUGGGUUAUGCCAUCUCCCUGGAGGGGGCCCAGAAGCUGGUGCGGGCCGAGCCGUUUGGCAAGAUGCUGCCUGUGGACGAGUUCCUGCCCAUCAUGUAUGACAAGCACCCGGUGGCCGAGUACAAAGCACAUUACCAGAUCCGAGACUUGAAGGCCUUCUCUGCUGAGCCCCUGCUCAUCCACCCCACGCACUACACCGGCCAGCCAGGCUACCUGAGUGACACGGAGACCUCGACCAUCUGGGACAAUGAGACGGUGGCCACCGACUGGGACAGGGCCCACCCUUGGAAGUCCCGGCAGCAAGGGCACAGCCAUGACAGGGCCAAGAACACAGAGGCACAGCUGCCCCCCACCUCCCUGGACACUGCGUCCUCAAGGGACGAGCUCUGA